AUGGCAAAGGAUUGUAGAACUCCAAAAGCAGAGUUAGCUGUUAAUGCUGCCAGAACUGUUUGGCCAACUUCUCAAGGAAGAGUGUAUUGCAUGGGUGCAGAAGGAAGAUCUCCGUCCAACAACUUGAUCCAGGGGAAUUGUGAAAUUGAAGGUACCAUUUUAACUACACUUUUUGAUUCUGGGGCAACGCAUUCAUUCAUAUCCAAGGAUUGUGUUGAUCGAUUGAAAAUGAAAUUAACUCCACUACCUUUUGACUUGGUAGUAUCUACCCCUGCUAAGGUUAUAACUGUGAACACUGCAUGCUUAUUAUGUAGAGUAGUGGUUCAAGAGAGAGAAUUUCUAGUUAAUCUAAUAUGCCUACCCCUACAAUCUCUUGAGAUUAUUCUCGGGAUGUAUUGGAUGUCAUAUCAUUAUGUUAUGUUAGAUUGUGCUCGAAAGUUGGUCAUUUUGCCUGAACCGGGGGUUUUUAAAUAUCUAUCAGCUAACCAACUUAAAGCUUCUCGAAAUAGUGGAGCCUUGGACCUUUCAAUACUUGCUAGUACAGAGGUUAUGGCUGAAGUCAAGAUUGAAAAAAUAUUAGUCGCUUGA